GCCUGCGUAUCACGCAUCACACCUCACACGCGGCCAGAGUAUCAAAGCUUUUCUCAUGUAUUAUAUAUAGAUGCAUGCCUCCGCAUUGAAGUCUCCAAAACGCUCUGCAAUGGCUUCUGCAUUUCCGGAAGAGUCUGCAAAUGGAAGAUUGCAAAACGGAAGCUCUGUUUGUGGGAAAACCUUCACUCUCGAAUCGAUCAGAGAGUGUCUGAUCAGACAGGAAGACACCAUCGUCUUCAAUCUCAUCGAGAGAGCGAAAUACCCUCGAAACUCCUCUGUCUAUGACGAAUCCUCAUCGAGAGUUCCGGGUUUUGAAGGAUCCUUGCUGCAUUUCUUCGUGAAAGAAACAGAGAUUGUUCAUGCAAAGGUUGGUAGGUAUGAAAACCCAGAGGAGUGUCCGUUCUUCCCUGAUGAUUUACCGUCCCCAUUGGCUCCUCUCGACCACGCACAGGUGUUGUAUCCUAAAGCUGCAUCUAUCAACAUAAAUAAGACCAUAUGGAAUAUGUACAUCAACGAGCUGCUGCCGCUAUUCACGGCCGAGGGUGAUGACGGCAACUAUGCGUCAACGGCAACGUGUGAUCUCGCAUGUUUGCAGGCUAUCUCUAGAAGGAUUCAUUAUGGAAUGUAUGUUGCCGAAAUCAAAUUCAGAGACUGCCCGCAGGAGUAUGAGCCUGCUGUCCGUGCUCAGAACAGGGAUGCUCUGAUGAAAAUGUUGACAUUUGAGAAGGUGGAAGAAAUGGUGAAGAGAAGGGUGGAGAAGAAGGCGAAGGUGUUUGGGCAGGAAGUGAGCCUCGAUGACAAAGCCGAUAAGGCCAAGUGCAAGAUCGAACCAUCGGUGGUGGCCCGCCUAUAUGAUCAAUGGAUGAUGCCAUUCACGAAGCUUGUUGAGGUUGACUACCUUCUUCGGCGUCUCGAUUGAAAAUCCAUCCCCCCUUUCUUGGGAUGAUGGAUUUGGACAGCUAUAUUGCUUUGGUGGAGUCCACCACGCAUGUGUGAAUUGCAUUAUAGUUUAGUGGAAAUGUGUUGUAACUAGAGAUCUUUCAGUAGUAUAAAUGAGUGGUUGAUUCAAUUCAAUAGGUUGGUCCAACCAAUAGGCUUCUAAAAAGAAGAAAACAACAAUUUGCACCUGUUUGAAGUUGGUCCAAAUGUUCUGUGGCUAGGACUUUCCUGUCUUAGGUAUUUUCUGUCUGUAGAGUGUGUGGACCAUCCAUGUUGCAGCCCAUCUCUGAGUGUAAUUUUGUUGUAUGAAACCAUGGUUGGGAAACCCAAAAUUCGACUCAGCUUGAAAAGCA